GUUAAUAAUGUGACUAUUUUUGAAAAACACAAGUAAUGGUUGGUCAGUAAUCUUGAUAAAAAAUAGGCUUGAUUAAGAAAUGUGUAAAUAUUGAGAUUCUGUUCUUUUCCAUGGCUGUAACGUUACUCAAGUCAGACCUGAACACAUUGCAAGAAUGUCUGGAAAAGCGCAAACAAAGGCUUCAUUGACACAGGGAGUGAUGGCUGGUAUAGCAGUGUUUGGGCAGCAGCAUGUCGCUGUUCUUUGACCCUCCGUCCAGCAGCAGUUUCCUCGCGCGAUCUCUGCUCACUGAUUGCGACUGAUUAGUAAAGUCGACAAAUAGCUGUUCCUCCCACCUCCGGGAGAUUGCAAAUCAUUUCUGAAAAGGAAAUUAAAGAAUUGGGUUUCUCAUUUAUUAACCUGCGGCUUCUGUUAUUAGUUCGAAUGUGCGCAUGUGGUUUCCAUCCGUCUUGACUGUCGACUCGUUCUCGGAUAGUUGUUCGGUAAAGUUAUUCAUAUCGAAAGGAUAGAACUAUGGAGGAAAGUUUUAUUCAAAAUGUUUUGCGCUUCUACGGUGAAAGCGGUUCGCUGUCCACGGGAAACCUGGAAAACUUUCUGCGCCUCAUUACCAGCCGCCGCGCGCCGUCGGUCGACGCUGACGCCAAUCCGCUGAAGAACACCGAGUGUUCUUCAUUGUCAGAGCUGCUGUCUGCCUUUGGAUUGAGCAAUGCUUCUGCCGUCAGUCUCAAUGAUCUGGAGAUGAUGUGUCCAGCUAUUCUCAAUCAGGUCCUGCUCCCUGCCUGCCCUUACACCUCCCCCUCAAACCAUAAUGAUUCUUCAUUGUUACCUGAUCACAAAGUUUGGGGUUAUGGUUUCCUGGCCGUGACCGUGAUAAACUUGGCUGCUCUGUUGGGGUUAUUUCUGGUGCCUUUGACUAAAAAAACAUAUUUUCCAAAAGUCUUGACGUAUUUCAUUGGAUUGGCCAUUGGGACACUGUUUUCAAAUGCUGUACUGCAACUUAUCCCAGAGGCCCUUGGCUUAGAUCCUAAAGAUGAUAACUAUGUGCUAAACGUAGUUGGGAUUUUUGGUGGAUUUUACAUUUUGUUCUUCACUGAACGGGUUUUAAAGAUGGUACUGAAAGCAGAUACAGAGCUGGGACACAGUCAUUUCCCUCCCCUGCAGUCAACUGAUGUCACCAUCACCACCUUUAGCAAUGACGUUGUCAUAAACAGCAUCAGCGGUGACAUCAUCACAAACAACACCACUCAUGAAAUGAACUCUAUCAAUGAAAAGUCCAACAACCCAAGCGAGAGUCCAGCCGUUGAACAGAAUGCAUGCGUGUUAACUUGUCGCUGGCUGAAAGGGGAGGGAAUGUCUAAUAUAAAGACUGUGGCGUGGAUGAUCACUGUCAGUGACGCUGUGCAUAACUUCAUCGACGGUCUGGCCAUCGGAGCGUCCUUCACACUCUCUCUACUCACCGGCUUCAGUACCUCUAUUGCCAUCUUCUGUGAAGAGUUCCCUCAUGAGCUGGGUGAUUUUGUGAUUCUGUUGAACUCGGGCAUGAGUGUUGGUCAGGCUGCAUGUUUUAAUUUGCUGUCAGCGAUGUGCUGUUAUCUCGGUCUUGCAUUGGGGAUCCUGCUGGGCAGUAGUUUUGCUCCAAAUGCUAUCUUUGCCAUUGCUGGUGGGAUGUUCCUCUAUAUCUCCCUUGCAGACAUGUUCCCAGAGAUGAACAGUAUCAUGGCUACACAUUCCAAAGGUUUUCGAGGAAGGGUUGCGUUCUUCCUGGUACAAAAUGCUGGGCUGUUCACCGGAUUCACUGUAAUUUUGCUUAUUACCCUGUUUGCGGGUGAUAUCAAUCUGGGGUAGAAAGAAAGAAGCGAAUGAAAGUGAGAAACAAGGAACAAUUGUUUUCAGUGCCAGAAACCAAAAACUUGAGAGAGACACUGUUGGUUUUUCAGUUUGUAUGUUAGACUUUUGCUGUAUUUGCUGUUGGGGAAAACAUAAUCAUAUGGUCCUGGAGUACAUGAUUUUUAUUAUAUUGUUUAAUGAGAUUUUGUUGUUGUACUGAUGUGAACAGGCAACAAUGCAGCGCUGUGUGAGGAGGAAUUCCUCAGUGGCAGUGGCAGCCUAGCACUGAGUCUCUGAGCAGCUUUGUCAUCCAAAUGUCAAUGCUGAAGCACCUUUUGAGUGAGACCGUAUCAUGUUCACACAGUCUCUAACCAAAGGAAAUGAAAGUGAAGAUAAUUGCUGUGUGCUUUUGUGUGUCUUUUCUACAGCUGGUUUCAUUAGGGGGGAAAUGUGUGAAUUUAAACCUUUAAUUCCUUUCCAUUGAGUUAGAACAAGGUCUGGGAUACAAAAUGUAUUUUACCAAAUGUAUUUUAA